AUGAACCUUGUUGUGCGAGGGCUGCGGUCGCAGGAGAACUCUUUGGGGACCCGCAAGUUGCUUUUGUUUGCCUGUGUUGCUGAUGGGUUUGCUUAUUGUCUCCCCUUCUUUCUAGCUGGGUUGCCCUUCCUCAUCAUUGAAACGAGCACAAUCCAGCCCUACCAGCGGGGCUUCUACUGUGAUGAUGACAGCAUCAGGUACCCGCUGAAGACGAUGGAGACAAUCAACGACGCAGUGCUGUGUGCUGCGGGCAUCCUCAUUGCCAUUCUUGCCAUUAUAACGGGAGAGCUCUACCGCAUCCACUACCUGAAGGAGAAGUCGCGCUCCUUUAUCCAGAACCCCUAUGUGGCAGCGCUCUACAAGCAGGUGGGCUGCUUCGUUUUUGGCUGUGCCAUCAGCCAGUCCUUCACAGACAUUGCCAAAGUGUCCGUCGGGCGCUUGCGGCCACAUUUCCUGGAAGUUUGCGAUUUGGAUUUCUCCACAAUCAACUGUGCUAAGGGAGUUUACAUCCAAAAUUACACCUGCAGGGGAAGCGACAGCAAGGUCCAGGAAGCCAGGAAAUCCUUCUUCUCUGGGCACGCAUCUUUCUCCCUCUACACCAUGCUGUAUUUGGUGUUUUAUCUGCAGGCCAGAUUCACGUGGAAGGGAGCCCGCCUGCUCCGUCCCCUCCUCCAGUUCACCCUCAUCAUGAUGGCGUUUUACACCGGCCUGUCCCGUGUGUCGGACCACAAGCAUCACCCCACCGACGUGCUGGCGGGCUUUGCACAGGGAGCCCUGGUGGCUUACUGCGUGGUGUUUUACGUCUCAGAUCUUUUCAAGCCCAAGACAAAGACUUGCCUGCCUCCACCUCCUAUCCGGAAGGAGAUCCUUUCACCUGUGGACAUCAUUGAGCGGAAUAACCAUCACAACAUGGUGUAGACCUUCGAGAAAUCGGAUGGGUGUCGUAUUUUAUUUUAAAAUUUUUUUUUUUUUG